ACUGUCCUCACAGAGUGGGAGAUGGCCGUAGGCUGAGAGUGACAAGCGUUCAUCUCUUCCAUUUCUUUGCCAUUUCGAUUCGAUUCAAGGCAAUGGCUCCGCCUAAUCGAUUCUCUCCGUCUCCAUUCCUAUUCUUCCAGAAAAAACAUAUUUUUUCCUUGAAAAAAUUCAUUAACUGAAGCUGUUCUGCUGCCAAGUUUCCCAUGUUGGAGUCGCAUUCUUGAUCUUGAACCAAUGGGGAUGAAAACCAAGGCAAUGGCUCGAACCCCUCGAAGGACAAGGCCACGGGUUUUCGCCUUUUGCUACUUUUCCAAUUCUCAGCCGAGCAAUCGGAAUUCCGAUGAUGGAGGUGAGAGAGAGCGCUGUGAUCACUACAAGAAGGACAGUGCGGGGUUGAAUCUACUUCUAUUGGAAUUUCACAGUACCAUUUCAAUUGAUAUAGCGUGUGAAGAAUGCUUUGAGGAGAUCCGCGGAAGUGGAAUUGAAGAAAACUGCCAGCAACUUGAGAAGACAGAUGGAGAAAUGACCUUGGACACAGUCUUGGGUUCUCGAAUCAUCUGGGUUUGCCUGGAUUGUGAACGUUACCUCUGUGGGGGAGUGGAGGGUGGCUCCGAACCGCAUGGCCAUGCCCAUCAACAUGCAAUGCUCGAGGGACAUCCAUGGGCUGCACGGUCUGAUGAUCCUGAUGUUGUUUGGUGUUUUCAAUGCAGUUCAUUGGUCCGAAUUCAGAUGCCGGGGGAGGGGACUGAGGAGGCAGAAUUGAUGGCGAAAGAUGAAGAUGUGGGUUGUACAGGUGGAGUGGAACCCAAGAAAGAAACUGAUGAUGGACCCAAGGAUUUGAUCAUAGAGAGAAGGAAAGCUUAUGUUGUUAGAGGGCUCAAGAACCUCGGGAACACAUGCUUCUUUAAUUCGGUCAUGCAGAAUCUUCUUGCGAUGGAUAUGUUCCGGGAUUAUAUAUUGAGCUCGGAAUGGCUUGUUGGGCCUCUUACUAUGGAGAUGAAGAAGCUUUUUGUUGAAACAACUGCUGCUGAGGAUUCUGCACUGAAUCCAAAUUCCCUUUUUGAGUGCAUAUGUGCCAAGGCACCACAAUUUCGAGGUUAUCAGCAACAAGACAGCCAUGAAUUGCUUCGUUACUUGCUUGAUGGCUUGUGCACAGAAGAAAAAAAUCGAGCCAGUUCUGUAUCUUCUGGCGGGAAAGAUAAGACUGCGGCCAAUACAGGAGCUACUUUUGUGGAAACUAUCUUUGGAGGGAAAUUAUCUACUACCAUUUCUUGUGCAGAAUGCGGGCAUACUUCAACAGUUUAUGAGCCAUUCUUGGAUCUUUCAUUACCAAUGCCAGCAAAGAAGCUUCCAUCUGAAAAUGUUCCACUUGCUGUAUCUACAAGGAGUAAGAGAGAAGGAAAUGGACAUGAGAGGCCUGGAGGAGAGGAUGUUGCUAAAGGAUCUCCAGUGACUAAAAGGCAAAAAUUUGAAAGUUUCAGCCCUGCAUCAGAAUGCAAUGAAUCCUGUAUUCCGCUAUUUGAACAAGCUGUUUCUCAGGCAGUGCAAGAAGUACUCAUGGGGAUUAAAUUUGAUGGGCCAACUGCAGUACUGGAAGGUGCUGAUUCUGCUUCUCAAAUGUGUGAUGUUUCCAUAGUUCAAUAUGUUGAGAAUAAUUCAUCAGGUAGUUCAGACUCACAAACUGAGAUAUGCUCCAAGGAGAUCGUAACAUCUUUAGGUUUCUAUGGCGAGAACUCUGGAAGAGAAGAGAACCUUUCUUCAUGUAUUCCAGAUUCUGGUGUUACAGUGCUUCCUUAUAAGAAGCGGGUUUCAACUCGUACUGAGAUAAACAGCAUGACUCAAAGUCAAGAAAAUGUGCCUUUUUCCUCUGCAACAGUGAAGGAAUGUAGUGCACAAAGCACAUCUGCUUGCUCUGGACCGGUAGACGUUGACUUGGGUGUCUUUGCUGACAUAUUUGAUGAGCCUGAGAUCACUUCUGAUUGCAAGCCAGGAACUGCCACAGAUGAAGAUACAUACUUUUUUUUGUGUGCCAACAGUGAGUCCAAUCAGCAUGAGGUUGAUGAUACUGGUGGUCCAUUGUCAGUUGAUAGUUGCCUGGCCUUAUUCACCGAAACCGAGCUUCUUUCUGAUGAACAUGCAUGGCAUUGCGAGCAGUGUUCUGGUAAUUCUCUACUUCAUAAUCUAGGAUAUAAAAGAAGCCAAAGCCAAGCUGGUACAAGUCUUGAUCAGUCAGAAGCAUUAAACUCUCAGGUGGAUGGAAGUGAAGUCAGAAGUAAAACAGCUUCGCUUAGCCUAGAAGUGGACAAUGAAAAGAUGGCAGUUACACCUCAAAACCUUGUUUCAAAUGUCGAGAGACUUGUUAGUGCACGCACAACCUGGGAUAUUUCCCAGAAUGCACUUGACUGUACUGGGAUAUUGGAUAAUAAAACUUGCAAACAUGGACAAGCUAGGAACAUAAAGAGCUCAGAGUCAUUAGACCCCAUAUUGGAUGACCAAACUCAAUGUGAUGUUUCGCAGAAGGAUGAAAAUGUUGCUGAAUCAAAUUUUACAUCUCAAUAUUUAUCAUGCCCUGCAGCUCAAGAAAAUUCUUUCUUCCAAGAGAGCCAAGGAAAUCUACAGAGUGAUUCUUGUAGCAUUAAUGAUCAGAUCUAUGUUGGUUGUGGUCGCCCAGCUCAGCCACCUGCCUCUAGUUGCUCCCGAGAUCACCCAGAGACAAUAUUCGAUACUUCCUGUGAUAAUGACAGCUUUAGUGAAAUUAAUCAAAUAGGGAAGCAAGGUUCACAGCUGCCGGGUAAGGUUAAUCCUACAGAGGAUGGUAGGGGUCAUGAGAUGGAGCCCAAAAGCCGGAAGGUUAAGAGGGAUGCAACUAUAAGGGUUCUUAUUAGUAAAGCCCCACCUAUUCUAACAAUUCAUUUGAAGAGGUUCAACCAAGAUGCUAAUGGUCACUUAAAUAAAUUGAGAGGACAUGUUAGCUUCCAAGAGAUACUUGACAUAAGACCCUACAUGGACCUCAGGCAUGCGGAGAAGCAGUGUUGCUAUCGGCUUAUCGGCGUGGUGGAGCAUUCAGGGACCAUGGCAGGAGGCCAUUAUGUUGCAUAUGUGAGAGGUGAGAGAAGGCAAGGCAUGACCAAGAAUGCUGGUAGUCCUGCAUGGUUUUGUGCCAGUGAUGAUCAGGUGCGUGGGGUUUCUCUGUCUGAAGUCCUACAGUCAGAGGCCUACAUACUGUUUUAUGAAAUACAGAAAUAGUAUAAUGCGACAUUGAGAUCUUUAGUUCUGUUCCUGACAACCUACAUACAGAAAAGAGGAAAAAUAGGAAAAUGAGGAAUACCCUGAAAGUAUAUAGUCACAGUUUUGUAUGCUUUAUGUAAAUCAGUCCCUAUAGAGUUCAUGGAAAUGUUUACAGUGAAGUGGGGUUUUGUUUUGUUCUGUUUUUGUUUUUGCUUUGUUAAGCAGUGAACUGGUUCAUUUAAGUGACUGAAUGUGGUAUUGGAAACUCAGUCAAGGUGAAAGG